AUGCAGAAAGGGUGGAUUUGCGUCUUCGUCUGCUUCGCAACCUCAGCUGUGCACUUGGAAGUUGUCACCGACUACUCAGCCGACGCAUUCAUCGCAGCCUAUCGCAGAUUCGCAGCAAGGAGAGGAACUGCAGUCUCUCUCUACUCAGAUUGCGGCACCAACUUCCAAGGAGCGGACGCGCAGUUGAAGAAGCAAUUCAAGGACAGCACACGCGAAAAUCAGGACAUCGCAGCUCUACUCGCCAAGGAUGGUACGCAGUGGCAUUUCAACCCUCCUGCCGCUUCACACAUGGGUGGAAAAUGGGAGGCAGUGGUCAAGUCUCUCAAAUUCCAUCUGAAGAGGACGAUUGGAGAUGCUUUAUUGACGUUCGAGGAAUCAAUAACAUUGCUCGCGCAGAUUGAAGCUAUCCUCAAUUCAAGACCGUUGGAACCACUCAGCGAUGAUCCAGACGACGUCUCAGCCCUCUCACCAGGACACUUCCUGAUCGGAUCGCCGCUCAACGCAGUUCCAGAGCCAACGCUACUCGACGUCGCAGUCAACAGAUUGUCAAGGUGGCAAUUUCUGCAGCAGCGCCUCCAACAAUUUUGGAGACUCUGGUCCACGCAGUACCUGCAGCGACUCCUGGCCAUCUCUAAGUGGCAUCAUCCGUCCAACGAGAUCAAGGUAGGCUCUCUUGUUCUCAUUAUUGAUGAACGCUUGCCCCCAGGGAAAUGUCCCAUGGCCAGGGCUCUCAGUCUGAUGCCAGGCAAGGAUGGACUGACCAGGGCCGUCACUCUCAAGACGGCCACCACGACGCUCACGCGGCCCAUCGUCAAGCUGGCUCUUCUUCAUCAGCCCUCUCAGGACAACGUGGACACGCAGACCACAUUAUCGACCAGUAAUGGCCGGGGUGAAAUGUUGGCGAAAUUCCCCAAAUUGUCGCAGAACACGAAGUUGGCAACGAAAGUAUUUUGUCAGUGCGUCGUUACCGAUAGCGGCAGCACCUCUCGGGCCCACAUUGUCCACGCGGAACCAGCACGAUCGACGCCAUGA